AUGGCAAGCGUCGCGUCUCGUACUCCCGGCUAUUUUGUGCAAGAAGCUCGGGGCGACAAUAAGGCGUUGGAACCGAUGAACCCUCUCGUCAACCAAUUGGAAAAUAGCCCGCGCUUCUACGAGGACCUUGUUGUCUGCAUCACAAGUGAAAGGCGUUCGUCCGCAUUUCACAGUAUUCGGGGUUACGCGAAUGAUGCAAUGUGUUUGUGA